CUUUUAUUUUGUUCAAUUUUGUUUUGAUUAUUUUUAUCUCUACACUUUUUUGUCGUAAACUUGUAAAGUAAUUCUUAUUUUUAGCUGAAUGCUAUGCUAUUUUAUAGACUAAUCAGUAGCGCAUUACUGCUACCUGUCGUAAAGGUUUUGAGUAGCAGUUCAGCAAUGGCUUUGUCCAGCAAUGUGGAGAAGCAGUGCCGAGGGAUGAGCGGUAUGACGAGGUACUUGAACCAGGCCGAGGCGGCGGCGCUCGAUCAGGAACUGUUUACUGAGUACAAGUUCAGUGUUGACCAGCUCAUGGAACUGGCGGGGUUGAGCGUCGCCACUGCUGUAGCGCAAGCAUACCCACCAGCCUCGUAUUCAUCAGCAUUAAUUGUAUGCGGUCCCGGAAAUAAUGGAGGCGAUGGACUAGUAGCUGCUAGACAUAUGGCCCUGUUUGGAUACAAAGUAGCAGUACAUUAUCCAAAGCGAACCCCAAAGCCUCUGUACGAAAAUCUCCUUGAACAGUGCUGUAAAUUUGGCAUUCACAUUGUGGACAAACUGCCAGAACCUAAUGAGUUAAAGAAUGAAUACCAGGUGUUGGUGGAUGCACUGUUUGGUUUUAGUUUUAAGCCUCCUGUUAGAGAGGAAUUGAAACCUGCACUGGAUGCCUUAAUUGAUGGGGGACUCCCAGUUUGCAGUGUGGACAUCCCAAGUGGCUGGCAUGUGGAGGAUGGACCGAGUUCAGACCACUCUUUGAAGCCUGCUCUUCUUAUUUCUUUAUCAGCACCAAAACUAUGUGCUAAAGAUGAAUAUCUCAAAGGGGCUAAACAUUACCUUGGAGGCAGAUUUCUUCCUCCAGCUAUUGUAAAGAAAUACAAUUUAACUUUACCUGAGUAUCCUGCACAGGACCAAGUGGUGCAGCUGUGCUGAAAUUAAUAUUGUAAUUAUGUAUAGUUAAUGGUUCUUAGGAUUGUAAUAUAUUCACUUACCUAUUUGUAAAAUGUGAAGUCUUAAAAUAGAAUAAAACUGUUAUUUAAGAUUUCA